AUGGCAGGGUCCAGAGGGCGCGAGGUGCUGCAACUCCAGCACAGCGGCGGCAUCCAGGACCUCGGCAUCAUCAAGUGGGACCUGGCACUGUGCCUCCUGGCUGUCUACCUGAUCUGCUACUUCUCCCUGUGGAAAGGCAUCUCCACGUCGGGCAAAGUCGUAUGGUUCACGGCCGUGUUCCCGUACGUGGUCCUGUUCAUCCUCCUGAUUCGCGGAGUGACACUUCCGGGCGCCAUCCAAGGCAUCAAGUAUUACCUCAGCCCCAACUACUCCAAGAUCUGGGUCGCCGAUGUGUGGGUGGACGCGGCAACGCAGAUCUUCUUCAGCCUGGGUCCCGGCUUCGGCGUCCUCCUCGCCUUCGCCUCCUACAACAAGUUCCAUAACAAUGUCUACAAGGACGCGAUGGCGACGAGUCUCAUCAACUGCGUCACGAGCUUCGUCUCCGGCUUCGUGAUCUUCUCCGUGCUGGGCUACAUGAGCCACAAGAGCGGAAAGCCGAUCAACGAAGUCGCCGACCAGGGACCCGGACUCGUGUUCGUGGUGUACCCCGAGGCCAUCGCGACGAUGCCCGGCUCCACCUUCUGGGCAAUCAUCUUCUUCAUGAUGCUGCUCACGCUCGGCCUCGACUCGUCGUUCGGAGGCUCGGAGGCGGUGAUCACGGCCCUGAGCGACGAGUUCCCGAUCAUCGGCCGGAACAGGAAGGCUUUCGUGGCGAUUCUCUUCACUUUCGACUUCUUCGUUGGUCUCAGUUGUUGCACGCAGGGCGGUUACUACGUGUUUUCGCUGCUGGACCGAUACGCCGCUGGAUACUCCAUCCUCUUCGCUGUGUUCUGCGAGGCCAUUGCUGUGUCCUGGAUUUAUGGCAUUGGCAGACUGUGCAACGAUAUCAGGGAGAUGAUCGGCUUCGCUCCUGGAUGCUACUGGAGAAUCUGCCUGCAGUUCUUCGCCCCCAUCUUCAUUGGCACCAUCAUCGUCUACGGCCUCUACGACUACAAGCCGCUCUCGGCCGACAGCUCGGGGAUGUACCCGUGGUGGACCGACCUCCUGGGCUGGGUCAUGGCCGGCUCCUCCAUGAUCAUGAUCCCCUUCGUGGCCAUCUACAAGAUCGUGCGGCUGCCCGGGCCCGCGUCCUUCUCCAAGCGCCUGAAGAUCCUGACCACGCCGUGGCGGGACACGCAGGUGUCCGUGGGCAACGGCGUGCGCGCAGAGACCAACCAGAUCAUCCUGAACUCCGACACUCCAGCCCCAGACUCGGUAUAAAGACCAGACGCCAGGGCGAUCUCAGCGCUGGCUUUUCGGCCCCGGACCUGGCGCGCCGGAGACCAGGGCACCUUGUCUCCGCUAUCCUAAUUGCCCCCCCCCCCCCCCGCAUCCCCU